AUGACGUAUGCUUGCACAUGUUUACAUUUAGCACUGACCUGCUCUGAUAACAUACAAAAUGGUCUUGAAACAGGUGUUGAUUGUGGUGGACUUUGUCGUCUAAAGUGUGACUAUGAGUCCUGCAGAUUUUUUUCUGAGUGCAAAAGUGGUGUUUGUCAAUAUUGGAGAGCUUGUCAAACGGUUCGCUGCGAUGAUGGUUUUCAAAACGGUGGUGAAAUUGGGAUCGACUGUGGUGGUCCAUGUAUAAAGCGAUGCAAUGGACGAGUCUGCACAAUAGCUGAUCAUUGCUGGAGUGGUGUCUGUGGAGUCAAUAAGACUUGCUCAGUACCCACAUGUUCUGAUAACGUACAAAAUGGAGUCGAGGAAGGUAUCGAUUGUGGUGCAUCUUGUCCUCUAAAAUGUGACUAUCAGUUCUGCACAUCGGAUAAUCAAUGCAAAAGUAGUGUUUGUAAGCACCGUUAUUGUCGAGGUAUGUAG